UUCCUUUUUUUUUUUUUUGUUUCAAGAUGAGCUCACGAUCCCCGUCGCCCGCCGCACGCAGUCGCUCGCGCUCGCCCGUUGCUGCCCGCUCCCGGUCCCGGUCCCGGUCCCGGUCCCGGUCUCCGUCUCGCUCGCCCGUCCGCAACGCUGGCGGCCGCCAGGGUGGUCGCGGUGGCAAUGGCCGCAACCGCUCUGUUCUCCCUCCCCGCGCCACGCUGCACGUUCGCAACCUCACCUACGACGCCCGUCCCGACGACAUUCGUGAAAUCUUUGCCAAGUGUGGCAACGUCAAGGACAUCUACCUGCCUCGCGAUUACUACUCGAACAAGCUCCGCGGCUUUGGCUAUGUCGAAUAUCGGCUAGAUUGA